GUUAUCUUGAAUACCAGAUGUCUAACAAUUUUCUUUCCAGCAUUAGCUGUUGUUUUUCACUGCCUCCAAAAAGAUCAAAAUUGCUCCGGAAAUUGGAGACACACUUGAUUUAAAAGAAAAUACUUGAACAAAUGGACAAUAUGUCUAUUACGAAUACACCAACAAGUAAUGAUGCCUGCCUGAGCAUUGUACAUAGUUUGAUGUGUCAUAGACAAGGUGGAGAAAGUGAAACAUUUGCAAAAAGAGCAAUUGAAAGUUUGGUGAAGAAGCUGAAGGAGAAAAAAGAUGAAUUGGAUUCUUUAAUAACAGCCAUAACUACAAAUGGAGCUCAUCCUAGCAAAUGUGUUACCAUACAGAGAACAUUGGAUGGAAGGCUUCAGGUGGCUGGUCGGAAAGGAUUUCCUCAUGUGAUCUAUGCCCGACUGUGGAGGUGGCCAGAUCUUCACAAAAAUGAACUGAAGCACGUUAAAUAUUGUCAGUAUGCGUUCGAUUUAAAAUGUGAUAGUGUCUGUGUGAAUCCGUAUCACUAUGAACGAGUUGUAUCACCUGGAAUUGAUCUCUCAGGAUUAACACUGCAGAGUAAUGCUCCACCAAGUAUGUUGGUGAAGGAUGAAUAUGUUCAUGACUUUGAGGGACAGCCAUCGUUAUCAACUGAAGGACAUUCGAUUCAAACCAUCCAACACCCACCAAGUAAUCGUGCAUCGACAGAGACAUACAGCACCCCAGCUCUGUUGGCCCCAUCUGAGUCUAAUGCUACCAGCACCACCAACUUUCCCAACAUUCCGGUGGCUUCUACAAGUCAGCCUGCCAGUAUUCUGGCAGGCAGCCAUAGUGAAGGACUGUUGCAGAUAGCUUCAGGGCCUCAGCCAGGACAGCAGCAGAAUGGAUUUACUGGUCAGCCAGCUACUUAUCAUCAUAACAGCACUACCACCUGGACUGGAAGUAGGACUGCACCAUAUACACCUAAUUUGCCUCACCACCAAAACGGCCAUCUUCAGCACCACCCGCCUAUGCCGCCCCAUCCCGGACAUUACUGGCCAGUUCACAAUGAGCUUGCAUUCCAGCCUCCCAUUUCCAAUCAUCCUGCUCCUGAAUAUUGGUGUUCCAUUGCUUACUUUGAAAUGGAUGUUCAGGUAGGAGAGACGUUUAAGGUUCCUUCAAGCUGCCCUAUUGUAACUGUUGAUGGAUACGUGGAUCCUUCUGGAGGAGAUCGCUUUUGCUUGGGUCAACUCUCCAAUGUCCACAGAACAGAAGCCAUUGAAAGAGCAAGGUUGCACAUAGGCAAAGGUGUGCAGUUGGAAUGUAAAGGUGAAGGUGAUGUUUGGGUCAGGUGCCUUAGUGACCAUGCGGUCUUUGUACAGAGUUACUACUUAGACAGAGAAGCUGGACGUGCACCUGGCGAUGCUGUUCAUAAGAUCUACCCAAGUGCAUAUAUAAAGGUCUUUGACUUGCGUCAGUGUCAUCGACAGAUGCAGCAGCAGGCGGCCACUGCACAAGCUGCAGCAGCCGCCCAAGCAGCAGCCGUGGCAGGAAACAUCCCUGGUCCUGGAUCAGUAGGUGGAAUAGCUCCAGCUAUUAGUCUGUCAGCGGCUGCCGGCAUUGGCGUAGAUGAUCUUCGUCGCUUAUGCAUACUCAGGAUGAGCUUUGUGAAAGGCUGGGGACCUGAUUACCCAAGACAGAGUAUCAAAGAAACACCUUGCUGGAUUGAGAUUCACUUACACCGGGCCCUCCAACUUCUAGAUGAAGUACUUCAUACCAUGCCUAUUGCAGAUCCACAACCUUUAGACUGAGGCCUCUCGCUGUGGGGCCCCUUACCAUUAUCAGGAUGGUGGACUAUAAAAUACAAUCCUGUUUAUAAUCGGAAGACCUAUUUCAUUUUUGUUCUGCUUUAUCUUUUCAUAAAGGGUUGAGAAAUGUGUUUGCUGCCUUGCUCCUAGCAGACAGAAACUGCAUUAAAACCAUUUUUUUUUCUAUUUAGAAGUUUUCAGGCAUUGCUCAGAGCUUGAAGAUCAGGAAGAACACAUUCUUAUUAAAUCUUCACCAGUUAUGUAUGAAGGAGUCAUUCCAGUGCUGGGAAAUUUAACCCUUUAAAAUGUCUUAGAGCCUUUUUUAUGCAGAACAUCAUUGUGUGUGUUAUUCUGCAGAAUAAAUUCAAUAUUGCUGAUUUUAAAAGCAGAGAAGUUCUCAAAAGUUAAUUCACCUAUUUUAUUUUGUGUGCAAAUUGUUAUUGUCAAACAUACUUUAUUCCAAGAUACUGUGCCAUGUGGGUGAGUUAAUAUUAUUAAGAGCAACUUUACUCUGUGUUUAAAAAGAUAGUAAUGUAUUAUAACCUUUUAUCCAAAAUAUUUUUUGCAAGUUAAACUAGUGAAGAUGAUUUCAAUUCACAUUGUAUUGCAACCUGUUUUAAUUUGCCAAGGCAAAACACUAAUCUGUGUGUAUAUUGAAAAUUCCUUAAAAUUACCGACAAAUAUCAUUUAAAAUUACAUUUGUUGUACCUAUCGAAUGAAUAUUUAUCAGUAAGUAUACUUUUGCCCUGUUAAACAGUAGAUGUGUUCUUCUGUAUUUCUGGGCACAAGGUUGGUUACUAAGAACCCUAGAAGAGGAAUUUCUUUUCCUUCAUUAAUUUGUAGGGAAAGGUUUUGUAUUUUUAAAAACACUAAAAGCAGUGUCACGCUAUCUAAUAUCUCACUGUUCUGCAAAGGUGGCAAAUGCUUAAAUAAUGAGUAUUUUGGAAACUGCUAAAUUCUAUGUUAAAUACUGUGCAGAAUAAUGGAAACAUUGCAGUUCAUAAUAGGUAGUUUGGAUAUUUUUGUACCUGAUUUGAUGUGUGACUUUUUUUUCAUAUACUGUUUAAAUCAUGUAUGUUAUGCCAUGUUUAAAAUUCAGUUUUUGUAUCUUGGGGCAAGACUGCAAACUUUUUUAUACCUUUUGGUUAUUCUAAGCCCUUUGCCAUCAAUGAUCAUAUCAAUCUGCAGUGACUUUGUAUAGAAAAUUUAAGUAGAAAAGUUGCAGAUGUAUUGACUGUACCACAGACACAAUAUGUAUGCUUUUUACCUAGUUAGUAGCAUAAAUAAAACUGAAUCUCAACAUGCACAGUUGAAUUCUAGGUUUGAUUUUUAAAAAUAUUUCUUUUGCACUUUUGAGUCCAAUUUCAGUGGCAAGACACCUUCUACUAAAUGACAGGCAAUAGCCAGUUGUAUUGGGCAGCUUUGGUUUUUCCCUCAUACUCUACCAGGACUUUUCCAUGGACAUGUGUAUCACAGAGUUGCUUAAUUUUAACUUUUCUUCUACUGUAGCAAAAAUAAUCCUGAUUGUUUGUAAGACAAAGAAAUUCUUUGCAGGAUAGAUAGAGUGAAAUGAAAUCAAAUAUUGUCUUUCAGAUGCUUUUACUUUUUGCUUGAGGGCUUUUUUAAGCUUUCUAAAAUUCUUUAAGAUGUGUUACACAUUUGAACUCUAGAAACAUGUGGACAUAUUAGACCUCAUACCAACUGAGAGGAAUAAGUCUAUGGCCUUGCUCAGAGGUCUUGAUAAGAUGUCCUAGAAACCCGAGUGCUUACUGCUGUUAUUUAAAUACAGACCUCAAUCCAAGUUACACAUCUUGUUUUUUUAAAUAGCCUCUUUACCAAUUCAUUUCUAUUGUUAAGUAUUCACAAAUACUUAGAGGGAAGUCCUAAUUUUUAUCUAUGUAAGUUUUAUUGGCAGAAUUAUAGAAAGAUACCUUCUCGAGAAAUUUUUGUCUUUAGGUUUAUUUGACUCUGCAAGAGGAAUAGAAGAGGAGGGAAUUUUAAAAUGAGUUUUUAACCCAAAUUACUUGAUUAGAACCUUAGCUGUGCAAUGGUGUAUUCUGUUGCCUUUUUUCUACUUUAGGGAAGAUUUUCCUGUUUAGUCAUCUUCAGAGAGUGUUGAAAAUAUUUACUAAGAAGUAUCUCUUUGGAGCCAAGCCACCUGUCUUGGUUUCUUUGUAUUAAGAGCCAUAAAAUAUGAACGUACUUUUAGUUACGAAUUGCUUAUAUUUUUACCUAGCUUGUCACAUGAUUUUGAGAAAACUUGUAGUAUGUUAUCAAUUAUUCCUGACUGCUUGGUUGUUAAACUGUAUUUCUAUUUUUUAGAGGUGGUCAUCUUUGAUGAGUAAGACUGAGGAAUCUUACUAGUUUAAAAUUUUAUGUCCAUUUUAGGAAAAAAUAGUUUCUGUAGUUUGUAGAAUCUGAUUAUUAUGUGGGUGUGGCUUAGGGUGGUUUUCUUCCAAUAAUUUAUAUCUCAAAGACUCUGAGAAUGUUGAAUUUCAGUAAAAACUGAAUGAAAAGUGAACCAGGUACUUUCAGUGUGAGACCCAUUGCAGAUCUGUCUUGUGCCUUUCUUUGCAUUAUCAAAGGGAGUCCUUAAUGGUAUUGCCUUUAUUUGUCAGGGAGUAAAUUCUUUUGCAGGAUCUAUUUUGUUUUCUACAGUUUACUACUGCUAGUAUACAGUAGUAAUGAUAAAAAAUCACGGCCAUGUAAUCUUGCUUUUCCAGAAACAUGGCUCAUUUCUAUUCCCUUUACCACUAACUAGAUCACCUACCCAUUCCUUCUACAAACAUUACAGGUUUACAGAUUGGAUGGUCUGGCUUAAGGAUAACUAUACCUGGAACAUCCAAGUAGCAGUACAGUAUUAGCUGUGUUGUAUUUCAGAGUUAAAAAUCAAUUUUUAUGGAAAUGGUGUGGUUUGUAGUAGAAAUUUUGAAGGCAAAGUAAAAUGUUCUGUCUUCCCGAUGAUAAAUACCUUACUUUAAAAAUGUUGGUUAAUUGUAGGAAGGUGUGUUGCAGCUAUCUUUUUGACUGUGGCUAUCUGGAAAAAGACAUGGUACAUUUUUCCCAUAGUGCUCCUUAAGUAUCUGGAGGGGAAGUAUUUCUGCUGCACGUCUCUUGGUAACUGGUGAAUAGUCAAAUAGUCACUAACUAGCUGUUUUAUGCAAAAUCAGAUUAAUUCAGACCCUUUUUCAAAGCCGAUUGGAAGGAGCAGUUUUAUUCUGAGUAAGGCAGAGAUGUGUUUGAUAGUUUCUAUAGUUGCUUUGUUAUCAUGUAAACUAUUAAUUCAUUGACAGCAGAUUGGUAAAUGUGAAUUUAGGUUACGGAGGCAAAAAAGUAUAUGAAAGCAAUUACCUAUAAAGUUAAUUAACAACUCUUGUCACUGGGGCACGUAACACUCAGCUUGAAGAAAUACCUUUUCCCCCUAAAGGCAGAAUCCAUCUUGUUGCUGCUAGUGAUCUGUAAAUAAUCCCUUAAAUCCUUCUUUGCAAGAUAGAGAAUAGCUGUGAGAGUCUUACACAAGCCUUUCCAUUUUCUUCCUUCUGAUAACUGUGUAAUUUUUCUAUUAUAUCAAGAAGGGUGUAAAAAGUCAGGGGCUUUAUCCAUAGUAGCAUUCUAGGCCCAUCCUUAUCCCCAGUGCUUGUCCCAGUGCUGCUGGGGUUUAUCUGGUGUCGCUGUGGAAUGAAGUGUUCUACAAACUUGCCUCACUAAGCAGGAAAACUGUCUUUUUUUUAAACGCCGUUUUUUGAUGGAUUUAUUUAAUACGUAUUUCAGAAAAUAUACUGGAUAAAACAUUUUUUUGUGUGCUUUAUUUGUGGGCUUCAGGGUCUUUAAGACAAACUAUUUUGCCAUUACUAAAUGGUUCCAGACUAUUUAGUUCUGAAAUUUUAGUGUUUUUAAGCCUCCUUUCAUCUUCUGGUUUUCAUUUCCAACAACUACCACUUCCUAUGUGUUUAUUAGUAUGCCUCCCCUUAGAAUUUUAUUCUUUCCUUUCUGAUUCGUUAUUUCUAACUGCUUGAGCAAGGAAUCCAAGACAACUGAAAAUAGAACAUUCAGAACCCAUGAUGCUUUCCUGUCAAGUGUAGAAAAGGACUUCAGUGCACAGGCAUUUGAUACUGCUUUUAUUGCUUAAAAUGCUGAUUCUUGCAGAGUUUUAGGUGGUUGCAUGGAGAGAAAUGAGUCAAUCAUUUUCCCCUUUAGAGUAAUGUUUUAGAAGGUUUCAUUGCUUCCACUUCAGUGGUGCUCAUAGAAAAACUGGGGUUACAGGGUUGCUAAAUUAGCAUCAACAGCCAGAGGCAAUACUCUUACUUGGAGGACACUAGCAAACACCACACACAUAUAAAUCUUGGAAAACAAGAGGACCGUUUUUGUUUUGUUUUUUUGUGUCCUCUUAGUUCUACCUUCUGGCCUGCCUUCUCUAUAGAUACUUUUGACCUGUAGGUGCCUUUUGGAAAAUUGAGGGUCUAAUAUCCUGCCCCAAGGAGUAGCUAAAGUAAUGGCUGAUACUUUCAGGGAUUUUAACAUCAGACUUGAAUGAAUGAAGCUUCUUUUUCUUUUUUUAAUGUAGGAGAAACGGAGGAGAAAACCGGUGAAGACAAUCAUUUCUCUCUGUUGAGGUGGAUAUUUUUCAUGCAGUUUAUUUAAAACGCUUUCUCAACAUGUCCAGAGUUGAUGUUCCUUUUCAACCUGAAACAAAUGGCUCUGUAUCCAGCCACACAGUCAUACACUCUAGUUUGCUGCUCUGCCCGGAAUUUGAUGUGUGACCCUUGGGCAAGUCAUUUGCCUUCUGUGGGCACCAGUUGCCUCAUCUGUAAAAUGAGAGUUGGACUAGAUUAUUUAUUCCAGCUCUGAAUUCUAAGUGACCUUGCCUGCCUUGCAGCAGUUUUGGUAUUCUUCCUUACCUUUGCUCCACUGUUUGAGGGGGCUUUUUACUUACUUCCAUGUUACUCAAAUGAGACUGGGCUUGAUACUUUAUUAUGUUCUCCUAUGGACAAGAAGUUACAUAGUAUGUCCUUAAGACUUAACCAAAGGCCUGGCACCACCUUAGGGGAUGCAAUAAGUACUUCACAAACGAGGAAAAAGCUUUAGUUUUAUUUUUGUCAUCAGAAUUUAUAAAGGCUUUUUCUGAGUCAUGACCUUCAGUGUUUCAAGUUGGUGUAUGUGAGAUACCAUCUUCCUAAGUGCUGUGUGCUGGUAAUUAUUUUUCAACUAAAAUGGAUUGAAAACCUUUUGUUAAUGCCUAAUGAUAUUAGAGGCCAUUAAUUUGGGUCUUUGGUUUCUUAACCCUUCUAUACUUCAAAACGGGGAAAUUCUUCUGAACUGCAUCACGUAAAAUGAUUUAUAUUGCUCAAAAAAACCCCCCACAGUUUUAGUGAAUGGUAAUUCACUUUUGGCUCUUUUUAGGUCCAUUUUGAUAGAUGACUUUUGUCUGGAUCAUUCCUCUUAGCAUUCUGUCCAGUCUACCUUUGGAUGAGUAUCAUUAGUGAACUUGGCUUUUUCAAGGACGUGGGAAGCCUUCCUCCAGGGUGGGUUGAGGGUGAGGGGGUUUGGGGAGUCCUGGUAGAGGCCAGCUCUGUGGUAGCUGGAAAGGAAGGGAUGAAACCAGCUGCUAUUGCUAAGGCUGCUUGUCAUUGAUAGAAGGACUCAUGGGCUUGGAUUGGUUAAAAGGCUAAACAUGGCUUUGGCAAACUCCCUUCAAGUAUGUGGUUCGGUUCAAUGCAUUGGAUAUGUGAUUUAUGGGAAAUGUAUGAAUGCUAAUAGAUGAUGAAAAUCUGUUGGGCUGCAGAGCCCCAUUUGGAAGAAUGGGGAGUUGGGGACAGAUUUGGUGUUGGUGCUUCCCAAUUCUGUCUCUUCCCUUGAAGUCCAAGGAAUGCAGCUAUGCCAAAACUCAAGAGAAGAGCCACUCAGCUUCUGCUUUUGGGAAAACUGGUCAGCUGAAGUUCCAGUUAGUUCCUUUGUGGCUUCCUGUAUACUUUUUCUUGAUUGAAGUCUGUGGCUAAAAAAAUAGUUGAACCUUUCUUGAGAACUCUGUAACAAAGUAUGUUUUUGAUUAAAAGAGAAGGCCAACUAAAUAAUUAUGUGCUCAUUCUUUUUCUUAAGUUGUGGAUAUCUUGGAUCUAUCUGGAAAGAGUUAUUCAUCACUUAAAGAAUUCUCAAACUUGAGUUCAGCAUUUUCCUUCAUUGCUCUGUGGCCAUUGAAAUGGGAAAUACAGCAUUCCAGAUGUGAUUCUGAAAUAACAGUCCUUAUUCUUUUCUUAUUUCUCUCUAAAGGAGGGGGUGGAAUGAUAGUGAUUGGAGAAGAUGUGGGUACUGGGAGAUUAUGAGAACCGGGAUAUUUAAAGGAGAGGCAGAAGUUGGAGAUCCUCCAUUGCCCACUUAAAGAUUAAUGAAAGCUCCUAGCUGCCUCCUUAAUGAAAUGGGCAUCACUGAGAGGGGUGUAUUAUGAGGUAAGUGAUUCAGUGGUGGUAGCUUAUCAGUAACAUUGGUCACAGCAUUUUCUUUGUUAUCUUGCUGGCAUGAGUUUCAGAGAUAUGUCUCUUAGCAGAGUUUAUGAUAUUUGAGGCUAGAACUUGAAGAGGGUAGUGGAUUGUUAUUUAGUCAUUGUUUCUGAGAAAAAACAUUUUUUAUGGAGCAGUUCAGAAGAAAGGGAAGUUGUAUAUAUUGUUCAUCUCUAUACUUUACUCGAUCUUUGAUUUUUUUUGUGUGCUUUAUUCUAUUUUCCCCAUCAUCACAGCUCCCACAAAUGCAGUCUCAAAAGUUGGGAUGUUUCCCAAUCUCUAAACCAUCCUCAUCCCUGGCACUUUAUGGAUAAAAUGCUAUGCCUUUUCCCUUCAGCCCAUGACGCCAUAAAAGAGUAAUUCUUUGGUUCUGGUCACUUUAAGGGUGGCAUCCAGUUCUAUAUUUUGAUGUAGUUCUGCUGGACCACCUUAGUCUCAGAUGGAUAGGAUAGGUUCAAAGAAACCAGAGAAUUGUUGCCAGCAUAUCCCACCCUAAGAGAAUGACUGAAGAAAGUUCUCUAAACAGAAAGGAAGUGAUAAAAGAAGGAAUGAAGGAAGAAAAAACACAGUAACAAUAUGGGUAAAUCUUUCACGGUUGAAUUUUCUAAGUUAUGUGUAAUAGUUGAAGCAAAGAUUAUAACACUGCCUACGAUGGUUUUAAAUGUAUAUAGAACAACUAUUUAAAAGUUGAAAUCAAAAAUAAAGGUUCACUCACGA